AUGUUCUUCUCGCAAGUUGCCCGGUUGGCAAGACCAAGUUUGAUGGUUCCAUCUGUGGUACCGAAGAUACCUAUUUUGAAGCGCUCGAUACUGCCAUUUUCCGCCUUUGAACGCUCGUUUUCCGCGUGCCGUCCACAAUGGGCCACCUUAAACCAGAUCAAAAGAGGCGUAGAGCCUCCAAAGCGCAAAAAGGACACCGUUUCCCCAGACCUUUACUGCUGUCCGCUUCGCAAGGGUGUGGUUCUCAGGGUAAUGGUGCUCAAACCCAAGAAGCCUAACUCUGCCCAGCGUAAGGCCUGCAGAGUAAGACUGACCAACGGAAAAGUCAUUUCUGCAUACAUCCCCGGCGAGGGUCACAAUGCUCAGGAGCACAGUAUAGUAUACGUCCGUGGUGGCCGUUGUCAAGAUUUGCCUGGUGUGAAGUACCGUGUCAUCCGCGGGGGUGGUGAUUUAAGUGGUGUGGUGAACAGAACCACUUCUCGCUCCAAAUAUGGGGUUAAAAAGCCUCAGAAAGCCUGA